GGCGUUGGCCGGGCUGGCUAAUGUGUUUAGUGGCGACUAGAAUUAUUACAGAAAAUGAAAUAGUUGCAGCUGGAGGUAGCAUGGUUGUAGUUGUUGCUUGAUUCGUCGGAAUUUUAUUUAUUUAUUAUUUAGCAAUUUAGCAAUUAUUUUUUCUAAUUUUUAUUUCAUUUUUAUUCAGCAACAAUUAUUUCAAAAAUAUAAUAGUACAAUUAUUAUCGGUACACUUUUUGUAUCUGUUUUAUAAUACAAUUUUUACACAUUAAAUUAUAUAAAUAAUAAAUUAUCGUCAUAAACAUAAUGGACGGAAAAAACAAAUUUGUGAGUCCAUUUUACCGACCAUGGAUGACAACGUAUGGAGCUGCUGCACCUGCGGGUGGAUCCAACAAGGGCUUGAAGGGCAUCGUUGCUGGUGGAAUUACUGGAGGUAUAGAAAUAUGUAUUACUUAUCCAACUGAAUAUGUAAAAACACAAAUUCAACUCGACGAAAAAGCUGGUGCUAGAAAAUAUAAUGGUAUAAUGGAUUGUGUUAAAAAGACUGUGAAAAGCCAUGGUGUAUUUGGUCUAUAUCGUGGACUUAGUGUGUUACUUUAUGGAUCCAUUCCAAAAUCAGCUGUUAGGUUUGGUGCAUUUGAAGCUCUUAGUACUCAAAUGACAGGAGGCAAUGGAGAAUUAACAGCUACUCAAAGAGUCUUGUGUGGUCUUGGCGCUGGCGUGUCUGAAGCCAUACUCGCAGUCACCCCAAUGGAAACCGUGAAAGUGAAGUUUAUCAAUGACCAACGACUAGAAAAACCAAGGUUCAAAGGUUUUUUCCACGGGACCAGUAUUAUCAUCAAAGAACAAGGUAUUAGUGGUGUUUAUCAAGGAUUGAUGCCAACUAUAUUGAAACAAGGUACUAACCAAGCAAUUCGAUUUUAUGUAAUGGGUGCAUUAAAAAAUCUCUACAAGGGCGAUGAUCCUAACAAACCAGUACCUAAACUAUUAGUUGGAGUUUUUGGUAUGGCAGCAGGUGCCGCUAGUGUUUACGGUAAUACACCAUUAGAUGUUGUUAAGACACGCAUGCAAGGACUAGAAGCCCAUAAGUACAAGAGCACAGUUGACUGCAUGUUUCAAAUAUGGAAAAAAGAAGGACCCACAGCGUUUUACAAAGGAACUGUGCCACGGCUUAGCAGAGUGUGUUUGGAUGUUGGUAUAACAUUCAUGAUUUAUGAUUCAUUUAUGGAUCUUUUCAAAAAAGUAUGGCCUUGAUUUACAUAUUAAAAAUUAUCAACAUCUAUAUAAAAAUAUUAGUAAGAGGAAAAAGUAAACUGUCUAAUUAUUUCUUCUGGAUGAUCACAGUUUACUGCACAUAUUAUUCACUUAAUUAUCGAUAUAUUGAUCAAUAUUCUGUCAACUAUACUAUUUAAAUGAUUUUUUACUACUCAAAUUUUAAAAUUAGAAUUAAUAAUUCAAAUUAUUUAAAUAUUGUUAUUUUUAUAAUAAAUCAUCUAGUAGAAAGUAAAUUAUUUUUAUUGGACAUUUUUACAUUCCAAAACGAAUAAAACGCACACAUUUUUUAUAAUAAUUAUUAAUAUUGUUUUUAUGUUUUUUUUUUUUUAGUUAAAAAAUUAUUGAUUCGUUAUUUUAGUUUGUCAAUAAAGUAUAAACAUUUAAUAUGUUUGUGUUUUAUAUUAUAUAAUAUAUUUAUUUUGCGGUAUAGUUUUUUCUAUGUGUUCACAAAAUUUAAAUUGUUGGGGUUCGUUUAUUUGUCUGUUAGUUACUUAAGGUUUGAUGUUUUUACUUUUAUUUUAUGGGAGAUGUAAAUUAACAAUCGAUUAAUCAAGAUUAAUAUUUGCCAUUUUAUUAAGGUUGACGACAAUAAGUAGAAAUGUAUUGUAUUUUUACCUUUAUUACUAUCAAGAAUAAGAUCUAACUAUAUAUUUUUAUAUACUCAAAACUAUGAAAAACUAUUUAAUCUAGUCUAAAAAUAUAAUUUUAUAGAUUUAAAUUCUGAAUGUUACAUAAUAUUAUAAAUAUUAUAAUACUUCAUACACAUUUUGCCAUAAUUGUUUAAAUUUAUAGACUACUGUAUAUUGAUUAUUGUUAAAAAUUUUUGUUUAAAUUAUAUUUUUGUCAUGUUUUGUAAGACUUUAAUAUGUUUAAAUAUAACUUAAUACAGAGUGUAUCACAGAUAUUUGAAAAUUUCAUAUUGAAACGUUUGUAAACAUAUCAUAUCUUUGUGAUACAUUUUAUGUAACAACAAAACAUUUUUAAUUGAAGAAUUAAAAGAUUUCAAUAGUAUGAUUGAUAAAUAUACCUACAUUUAUUUGAA